AUGGCAUCCGGACUAGGUCAUGGUAGUAUGUCAUUUACCAUGAAGUUUAUUCGAUUUCUUAUUGUUCUUCUCAAUAUCAUAUUCAUUGUUGUGGGUAUAGCAUUACUGGUAAUUGGGAUUUAUCUUGUUAAAAAUACAAAAAUGCAACAAUUAAGACCAUUAUUUAAUGCGGAUUUGGCAACAACUGAUUCUCAAAAUUUAUCUACUAUUGAAAUAUUGGCUUUUGUAUUCAUUGGUAUUGGUGGUAUUAUAUUAUUAAUUGGAUUUCUAGGAUGUUGUGGAGCAAUAAAAACUUUUCGAUUUUUACAUCUUAUUUAUGCAAUAAUUAUUGGUGGAAUAAUCCUUGCUGAAAUAGGGCUUGUUAUUUAUUUUGCUAUUUAUGAAAAUCGUUUUAAGUCAAACUUUGUUAAUAACCUUAAAGAAUCAAUCGUAUACAAUUAUGUUGGUACACUCAUUGAUAACGUCACAUCCACAAAUCCAAUAUCAAUAUCGUGGGAUUUUCUUCAAUUUAAUUUGCAAUGUUGUGGUGCCAUCAAUAAAACUGAUUAUUUGGAUGCACUACAUUGGAAUAGAACGAAUCCAUAUAAGCGAAAUACGAUUUUAAUCGUUCCUUUUACUUGUUGUCCUUUAAAUACAACAAAAAAUUGGAGUCAACUACCAAAAAAUAUGGCGGAAGCUAGUACAUGUGCAAUAACAGGUGUCAAUUCCUAUUCAGGAGGAUGUUUUGAUGAUUUAGUCGAUUUGUUAAAUUCAUAUAAAAAAUAUAUUAUCAUUGGUCUUAUAGUUGUAGUUGGUAUUGAAAUAUUUGCUUUCGUAUUUGCUAUUUUAUUAUUUCGUCGCAAAGAGGAAUAUUAUGCUUUGUAA